CAAAUCUCCUCGCAUGGAUCAUAUCUACGACGUUCUACAUCUAUACAGGACAAACCGAUCUCAUCCAUAGUUACAACGCAAGAUGACCACACCAUCCAAUCGCCCAUACAUCGAACCCGAGCUCCGAGCCUAUCUCGACCGGAUCGAUUUCCCCCUAGGUAACGAUCCUAUAGUCUUGGUAGACGAGAUCAGCCGGGAUCCGAAGGCUGCAUUGGGGCAGGUUGUGAGGGCUCAUUUGGAGAGGGUACCUUUUGAGAAUACUUUCAUACAUUUGGCGGAACCCCGUAUAUCGCCUCCACUGGACCCAUCCUCGUUGCACGACCGGAUCGUCCGCUCUCAGCUCGGCGGUUAUUGUUUCUUCCACUCGUUGAACAGUACCAACGUCGUACUAGGGCUUGUUCAGCUGCAACGAAAUGGAGAUCGGGAUCUCGAUCACAGUCAAGAAGGAAAUUCAAAUAGGCAGCGAGGCCAUCGACAAGGUUGGCAGAUCACGAACGCUAGACCUGUCCUCGGCGUAGUCUCCAUAGGCAAAGAACCAGAAACCAACCGCCCGAUCUUCGAGAGUCGUCGAGAGCCUACACACUGUGUGACGCUCGUCACCUUGCUCGACACCCGCACAGGGGUCGAAGAGCGGGCGGUGAUGGAUGUCGGGUUCGGGAGGAAGGGACCUAUCGGGCUGGUCCCUCUCCCAAGUUCUGAAAAGGCUGGGACGGCGGGUGAGGUCAUCUGGGAUGAUUCGCUCAGAGGAGAAGCUUGGCGAGUGAGGAGACCUAAAGUGGGGGAGUUACCGGGCCCGGAGGAAGGCUUGGAAGAGAGGUGGUUGGAGGGUCAUCCGUUGACUGAUGACGAGGGGAAGAGGAACUACUUGAUGCAGCAUCGGUUGUUCGCCCUAGGUCAAGAUCCCAGCGACCAAGACGACGACGACGACGACGACGACAGUAAUGGGGCCUGGGAGACGUUGUACGCGUUCAGCGUUGCCGAUUACCACGGGCUGGAGACUUUCCAAACCUUGUCGGGGCACGUCUUUGAGGGGAGCGAGGGGUGUACGACCAAGUUCAAGGAUCAUCUGACCGUCUCGAGGACGUAUGACUUGGAGCAAGGCAUAGAUUUCCCUGUCAAGAGGAAUAUGGGCAAGAAAUCGGGCAGUGAGGCGAGGACGAGGUCGAUGGGGAGGCUGGCGUUGACGGACAUGGUAUUGUCAACUUUCGUCACUUCAGACGAGGGCAAGGGCAAGAAGGAGGUCAUCAAAGAGUACAAGGGUGAGCGGGAGAGGAAUGAGGAUCUGAAGGGGUUGUUCGGGUUGAAGUUGUGAGCUUGGCAGCACGAGGCGUUUCGAGCUGUACAGCGGGGUGAGCUGCUGAAAGCACCCCAAUCAAUGCCCGUUGACCAUCCCCACACGCCCGCCCUGCUCCGAGCGCAAAGGUUCUUUUCCUCAGCUUGCUUCAGGCUUCACGGUUUGAUCGUGCUAUGGAUUCAUCUCAAACAUCCAAGGACUUGUGUCGAGCUGCUUGACUGUCGUCCGAAGUAUGCCACCCCUCACUCUCGUGGUCUUCACACGACGUCAAACCUUAUUGUUGUCCGGUGUCCCUCUGUUGAGAGUAUUUUGUCUCCGAGCGCGGUCAACACCGAAGAGGCCCGCACGGCCAAGCAAGCAAUAAUAUGAAGAUUGUUUGAGAGUUAGCAUUCCAUCCCAAGUCGUU